AUGGGCGGUCUUCAAUCAGGCCCAUCGUUUUCCCUAGGGCAAAUACGGGAUGCCCAGAACAGGAGGACUCCCGAUGCGGGGACACCCCGGGAAGGGGAUGAUGCAUUUGGAGAUUUCUUUGUCGGCGUUGAAGAGGAUACCGAUCUUGAUGCUCCAGCUGAGUUCGAGAAGCUCGCUUCGGAGUCAAAUGAACUAAAGGCUCAAUACGCUCGAAGGGAAGAGGAACUGAACAGCCUUCGGGCGAGUUCGGAGAAAAUGCUUCAAGAGUGGGCCAACUUCGUCGAGCAGAUCGAGCGAAGGGAUGCCCUAGUGGGACAGCUUCGAGAAGAGAUUGCGGUAAAGGAUGCGGAGAGUCUUGAGCUGAGACAAUACAAGGAUAGCAUGGCUCUGGAGAGGGACGCUCUUCGAGGGGAGCUGACCUCGACUCAGAAUCUUCUUCUCGAUGCCAAAGAGGAGGCUCACAAAUUCGAGGUGCUUCAUGCUGAGUCAGCUGUCGCAUUAUCCUCGGCCAAGUCGGAAGAUGAUGAGCUCAUAUCCUCAUAUCGGAAAGAUGCUGCUGCAGCGAAUGCUCGACCCAGGGAGAUAUCUAACAAGGCCGAGCUCAAGCUAGCUCGUGCCCUUACAUAUGCUCAAUUAGAAGCUAGGAGGCAGGCCUUUGAAGAAGUGCACGCCAAGGGUUUCGACCUCUCUACCGAGAUUGAAGAAGCGAAGGCCUUGGAAGAGGAGUUGGCAGCUCCGACUACUUCGGACGAGGGCUCUUCGAGUAGCUCGGGGAGUAGUGAAGAUGAAGGCAAAGCCACCCUUGCUCUUUUUACUUUUUCUUUUGUAUGUGGGCUCCUCGUAGGAGUUUUGUAA